AUAACACGGAAGUAGCCGCGAAACAAUAGAAACGAUCAACAAGAGGCGUCAUAAUGUGACUAAAUAAGUAAUUCUUCGUUUUAUGCUCUUACACUUCAAUGGAGGGUUAUUCGGUGUACAAAGUCAUCGGCGAGGGCUCUUUCGGGAGGGCUUUGUUAGUCCAGUGUAAAAACACUCAGGAGAAGUACAUUGUCAAGGAAAUACAGCUGCCAAAGAAUGAGUCCAAAGUGGAGAAGUGGAGGAGAGAAGCAGUGCUGUUGUCCACAAUGAAACAUCCAAAUAUUGUGGCUUUCCGUGAGGCGUUUGAGGCUGACCACCUCUUGUGCAUUGUGAUGGAGUACUGCAGCGGCGGAGACAUGCUGCAGAGAAUCCAGCAGCAGAAGACCAGUCACUUCUGUGUUGAUAAUAUCUUAAAAUGGUUUGCGGAGAUGUGUGCAGGCACCAAGCAUAUUCACGAUAAGCGGGUUUUGCACCGAGACCUCAAGUCCAAGAACAUUUUCCUCACAGACAAAGGCACAGUCAAGCUUGGAGACUUUGGCUCAGCGUGUGUUCUUAACAGCUCAAAGGCUUACGCAUGUACAUAUGUCGGCACCCCCUAUUACGUCGCUCCGGAGAUCUGGGAAAACAAGCCGUACAACAAUAAAAGUGACGUGUGGUCUCUGGGCUGUGUGCUCUAUGAGCUGUGCACCCUUCGACACCCGUUCCAGGCACCCAGCUGGAAGAGUCUGAUCCUCAAAGUGUGCCGGGGGGCGUACCCGCCACUGCCCAAGCACCUGCCCUACGAGCUGCAGCUUUUGCUCAGGCAGAUGUUCAAGACGGAUCCCAAAGACCGGCCGUCCUUGCGCACCAUUCUGACCUCUCACCGGGCCUCCAGGCUCCUGCGAGCACAUCUGUCGCCGCAGGUCAUACAAGCAGAGGAACGGGGGCGGUGCUCUGCUGGGAGGCCGGAUACGGACGAGAGGAAGAAAGUGCUUCAACAUCUGGGAGAGAAGAGUUUGAUAGACCCCAUGGGAGGUUUGACUGCAGGUGUUGAGGCUCACCAUGAAAAAGCGCCCCUCCCUCGAAGGCGUUGGGCCGCCGAGCCCUCCGAGACGGUGCUACAGGUGUUUGCCAACGCCAGCCUCCAGGUGUCAGGUGAAGAGGAGAGCGGGCAGAGGAAACAGUGGCGACGAGAUCCCCCUGAAAGGCUGCUAAGCUUGUUGGAGAAAGCGGAGGUGAACCGAGCCUUCAGCACCUUUGUGAUCCACAGAGAAGGUGACAGUCCUCUGAUGGGUCCACUCUCCCGAGGUCAAGGCGACAACACUGAUGGCCCAGAACAGGAAGUGCACAUUGACGACGACCGCCUGCAGCCACGCUCCGAUGACGAGGACACGGACUUUGAGGAGGAGUGGCCAUGUGACUGGAUGGGUGAAGUGGAGGGAAUGCUGCGAGUGUGAAGCUUCAUUUGGUGCCAGGGAGGUCGCCACAGCCUGUUUGGAUUUCAUUAAAGCCCCCCCUCCCAAUAACACCACAAUUACACCAAAUGAUUUCUUUGAAAAGCUUAGGAAGCCUCUGAGGUUUUUUUGGCUAUGCUGGGGAAGAGCCACCAGGUGGAGCCAAAAGUUCUUUGGGGUAAAAAAAAAAAAAAAAAAAAAAAAAGCAAAAAUGGAGGACAGAUUGUUAAUUUGUGUAGAUUUUGGGACAUGUUGUCCACGGCUCUUUUUGUGUUGGCCUGGAGCAGAUUGAAAAAAUAUAAUUUAACAAGAAAAUUGGAAAAAAAAACAAAAACCCUAAGAACAGCAAACAUGGGAUAAUUGGCGGUAAUUUUACAAGAAUAAAGUCAAAAUAUUAAAGUUGUAAUUUUCUGAGAAUUCCAUUGUUUUGACAAUGAAGUCAAAAUAUUAUAGGGAAUAAAGUCAGAAUUAUGAGAAGAAAGUUUACAGGAAGAAAGUUGAAACAGUGAGAAAUGGUAAUAUUAGGAGAAAAAAGUUGUAUUCUAAUGACAAAAAGUCAUAAUUUUCGAGCAUAAACAUAAGAAAGUAGCAGUCAUUAAUUUUCUGUACUGCGUGUCCUUGCUACGGUCAUGGGGGUAUGCUGGAGCCUAUCCCAGCUGACUUUUGGGCGAGAGGCAGGGUAUUUUAAUAGCAUAGAGUUGAAAGUAUUAAAAGUAGUUAAUUGUAAUUGUUUUGAUUGUCAUUUUAUUUUAUUGUAAUGCAUUAAAUAUUUUAUGAGAGAAACAAAAUAAAGCUGUAGAUUGUGGGAAAUUAGGUUGAGGAAAACAUUGGAAUAUUAUGGGAAUAAAGUCAUAUUACAAAAAGAACAUUUACGGAGAUUAUUUGAGUGGAAGGUUGAAAUAUAUGAAAAACAAGAACCGCAAAAAAGGGGGAAAAAAGAGCAAAGAGUGUAACUGAUAUUAAUAGUAUGCUUUUUCACCUGUAUGACAAAGCUGAGAUUAAAUACAUGUAACUUCUUAGCAUAGGGGGGCGUUGUCCAUUUGUGAGGCCAAAUGUUGUUUUACGUCAUCGCAAAGGUGUUUUAAUGUGCUUCUUCCACACCAAACUCAUCCAAGCAUGCCUCUUUGGAGUACUGGGGACAGAAAAGGUCCUCGUCCUCGAAGUGUUUCCACAAACCUCUCGCUGGGAUGAAGAACUAAAGACACUGGUCCAAACUCUGAUUUUUGAACUACAGUAAGACAGGGGUGUCCAAACUUAUUCCAGCGAGGGCCACAUGAUGAAAAAUGGAAGCAUCAAGAAAAAAAGUGCAUCUCAGCUUUGUCAUAGGUGAAAAAGCCUGCCAUUACUAUCAACUUCACUUUUUGCUCUUUUUUCCCCAUUUUUGUGGGGUUUUUAAAUAUUUCAACUUUUAAAUCUUUGUAAAUGUUCUUCUAGUAGUACGACUUUAUUCCUAUAAUAUUGUGACCUUGUUCCCAUCAUAAUGACUUUUUCUGCAACUGCCGGCUGCCACCCAACUCGUGGUGAGCUCAUUGGAGGGGGGACCCACCUUGUCUCUUGGGGCUGUGCCCGGCCGGGCCCCAUGGGUGUAGGCCCGACCACCAGGUGCUCGCCAUCGUGACCCACCUCCAGGAACUCCAGGGGGCGCCGGUGACCAGCGUCCAGGCGAAGGAAACAUGGUCCAAUGAUUUCUCUCUUGGGAACAGACAAAAAGUGGCUCAACAGACCCCGAUGUCACUGUCAUCCGGAAGAAACUCUGCGUAGAAGCGCUGCUCCUCUGCCUUAAGAGGAGCCAGAUGAGGUUGCUCAGGCAUCUUGUCAAUUCUAUCUCCUUGUCAAUUUUUUUUCUUGUAAUUCUGACUUUAGUCCCAUAAUAUUUUCACUUUAUUCUCGUAGUAACAUAACUUUUUCUGCAACCUAAUAAUAGGUAAAAAAAAAAAAUUCAGCAUUAUGCUACUAGAAUGAAGUUAUUUUUUCACAUGAUAUGACUACGUUAUUCUCGUAAAAUUACGUCUUUUCCUCAUAUGCCGAUGUCAGGGUUACCGCUACAUGUAAUGGAUCGUGGCGGGGCGCCAUGGCUCAAUACAAGCCGCCACCCUUGGAAAUGAAUUGUUUUUUACGUAAAACUAUGUUAAGUAAUACAGUGUAUGAAUGGACAUAAAUGUUAUAUUGGGGUGCCCAUUACGGCGAUCGCAAAGGUAGUGUUGGCCGCGUGUCGCCUACAGCAUAACAGGCACUCUGUAAAUGUCAUAUGACAUCAGUCAGCUGACAUCAAGCCCCCUCCUGAUUCGCUCGGCGGCAUGUUGGCAGCCUCACGCGGAUAAUGCAACGUUCAUCUUUAUUAUUCCGAUUGCUAACUCAGCGCCGUCAGCGGUAAAAUGCCAAAAGUUAUCUGUUCAUUUGUAGCAGAUACUUAUGUAGAAAAGUCAGAUCUUUCAUGGCUGCGCUUUGUGUCAUGAAAUGUGUUUUAUCUCCCCAAAUUCGUUUGUUAAACUACUAUUUCACGAUGAAUUGGAAAAUGUGCCCGUUGCUGAAAGCUUUUUAAUAUGUUGCCUUGACUACGGCUGCAUUGGACGCAAUACACGACGACCGCUACGUAGCUACUUUUUUUUACGAGUAAUACAUGCAGUAUUACUCGUUUAUGUACACAACUUUUGAGGAAUUAUGUGUCAUGUUUAUUGCCACAUUUAAAUUUUGAAUUAUUUGUGAACUAUGUUGAUGACCUGUAAACUUUGAAUCAUUAGUAUUUUGUAUCAUAGUUGCAAAGUUUAGAUUUAAUAUGUGCUGUUUUAUAGUAAGACGUACAGUACAUCAUACAGUGCAUCCCUGAUAUACAGUACAUGUACCCAAAAUCUGCUCAAAAUGUUCAUUUUCUGUCAGGCAUUCACACUGGCAUGCCCUCCUGAUGGCUAAAGCUAAGAAGCUUUCUCUUUUUGAACGUGGUCGGAUUGUGGAGCUGCAUAAGCAAGGCCUCUCGCAGUGAGCCAUUUCUGCUGAGGUUGGGCGCAGUAAGACAGUCAUUCUACAUUUUUUGAAAGAUCCUGAGCAUUAUGGUAGAAAAAAGUAAAGUGCUAGACCCCCCCCCCAAAAAAAAAAAAUCACACCUGCGCUGAGCCGGAGGAUCCGAUUGGAAAAAUCUUGGGCACCCCUGAUAUAGAGGAUCUUUGAGUAGCGCUACCAUAGCAUGUCUAUUGUAAUGUAUGCAUUUCCUGACUUUAUAUACGAUUAUAUUUGCCAUUUGCUGCAGUCAGUGUACACAGUGAAUGUGUGCGGCUAUACAAAAGAGAAAUCGGGUGCCCAGUACUUACUUUUCUGAAAACAAUUUGUCACGGGUGGCAUGUAGCCGGUAAUUAGGUGCAGAGAGACAAGUGUUCGUGUUACAAAAAUGUAUUAACAACAACAAAAGAUAAGUGCAAAUAAUGUCCACAAGUGAAGAGUACAACAUAAAUCUCCCAACCUAGCCACGGGAAAAACUAUACAAUGAAAAAGAGUAAGAAAGGGCGCUGCAUGCACGGAGAGAGCAGGAAAGAAAAAAUACUAAAUAACUAAAUAACAAAAAAAACACUGCUGAAAAACUGGCAGGGAAAAAAACACGAACAGAAACGGCUGCUGAGAACCAAGCAGAAUCAAAACAGGUAACAAAAAAUCAUGCUGGGACUACAAGCAGGAAGACACAGGUACACCAGGUCCCCAAUUUACGAACACCCGACUAGCGAACACUCGCCAAUACGAACACAAGCCGACUGGUUUAUAUUUUAUUUUAUUUUAUUUUGCCUUGUAGUGCUUAGGAAUCAGUAUGUAUACUGCUACUGUACAUGCUUGACCAGUAGAGGGCACUGUGACACUGCUAAUGGGACCAAGAGGCAGCCUUAGAGCUAAUGAGACCAACAGACGCUGGGCAGAGAAAGCUUCCGGUAAAGCUAGGAAAGCUAGGUUUUAGCUGGAUGAUACAACCCGGACAGAGCGUGUGAUUCAAGUUUAUGAAGAGUUAAUAGGCCUGCUUAAUUGUACACCACCCACAGAACACUACCUCUUUUAGAAGAGUCUAACCACGAUGACCAUUUGUCCUUUUUUUCAAUAACUCCUCCUCCAACUCCACCACCACGACGUAUGCUCGACCACUCCUCUUCAAAGGUAAAUAACAUUUAUCAUUACGUAUUAUUACAUCACUUUUAUUAAUGUUUUUUUCAUUAAUUAUCCUCGUUUAAUAUUACUACUGCAUCCAAACUCAUAUUUACAUACAUACGCAUAUACUGUAUUUGUAUACACGUACAUGUAGUACCUAUAUCAUUGGUAAUAUUAAUUUUGUUUCGACUUAAGAACGGUCAUCUGGAACCAAUUGUGUUCGUUAGUUGGGGACUUAGUGUACUUACGAAAUGCGAGGGAACAAGGCAAACGAGAGCAGGAACAGGCGAACAUGAGAAGUCAAUCUCUGGCAACAGGUAGCUAGUAAGACAGCUAAAUAGUCCACGAGGCAAUUGGUUCCAGGUGUGCAUGCUACCACGGGUCGGCGGGUGUGCUGCAACAGACAGACACAAGAGGGCAGCAGAGCAGCACCACAGCUCAUGACACAAUUGAAUUGGAUAUGCCUGGCCUACACGUGCUGCAUAAACAGGACAGAUUAUGUUCGAGGAUAUAAAUUCCGUUUAACGUCUGUUACACAUAUAACGCAUAUAAAAACACAUAUAACACAUAUAAAAUCUAACCGCUAAACUUUGAAAUACUAUUUUAAAUAUGAAUGACUAGUAUUUCACAUUUUCAAAGUUUACAGGUAAUCAAAGUAGUUGAUAUCAUAAUUAUGUUCAAUAUGACAAUCAAGAUAAUUACACAUAAUUCCUCAGUAGUUGUGUACAUAACCUGAGUACAGGUAACAUGUCAGUCACAACAGCUACGUAACAUUCAUUAGGACACAGUUCAUGUAUUUCAUCCAGUUAGCAUUUGCCAUCAAACAUUACAGACGUACAAGAAAUGAAAAUGCUUAUGAGCCGAAGUCAAGGUAACAUAUUCAAAAGGUUUCAGCAACGGGCACAUUUUCCAAUUCAUCAUGAAAUAAUAGUUUAAGAAUGGAAGUGUAGAAAACACUCAUUUCUGUAGUGGAGUUCAUGACAGCCAUCAAAAAAUACACUUUUUUUCUACGUACCUAGCGGCUACAAGUGAAUGGAUAACUUCUGUUAGAGAUACAGGCAUCUUAGCGCUGAGGUAGUUCAUCUGUAAUCACAACAGUAAAGAUGAAAGUUGCAUCUCCGUGUGUAGCUUGAAACGCCGCGGGGUAGCAAGGGCGAAUCAGGAGGUGAGCUUAAUGUCAGCUGACUGAUGUCAUAUGACAUCUACAAAGUGACUUUUAGGCGAUGGACCCAAACUAACUUGGCCAGCUACUGGUAUCUCGUGAUCGACGUAAUGGGCACCCCUGCUGUACGUUGUUGUUUACAGCCACGUUGAGAAGCUAACUGCUGAUGCUGCCCAUGAGCUUCACAAUACAUAGAUAUCUGUUAAUUCCUUGACAGGAGAUAUGUGAUGUGUUACGCAUGUCGGUAUCGGUAUCGGCUGAUAUUGGUAUCGGAACUUGAGAGUUGGACAAUAUCGGCAUUUCGGAUAUUGGCAAAAAAGCCAAUAUCGGACCAAUAUCUAGAAAAAAGGAAUAUUAUGGGAAUAAAGUCCUAAUAUUUUGAAAAGAUAAAGUCCAAAGACUAUUGAAGAAGAAAGUUAAACCACUGUGGGGACCAAAGCACAAUCCAUCCUGCAAGUCCAGCAUGUGCUGGUGAAAGCAGGCAAGGCGAGGCUCGUCUCUGCUGUCAAGAUGACAUCAUUUCCCCUCCUAAAUGCACUUAGAGGGAACAUCACUUUGAGUAUGUUGAUGCGGAUGGCAGUCCCAGGCACAGGUAAUGAAAUCAGUGCAGCACGUUACGUGUGAUCCCCGGCACGUACUGUGUACCCCCCCACCGGCUCAGCUGGCACGCGCGCGCACAUCUGGCACACUGGAACCACUGAACUUAGAGCAGGGGCGUCCAAACGUCGUUCCAGUGAGGGCCACAUAGUGUGAAAAAUGAAAGGUUGAUAUUGUGUAAAGCAACAAAUGCAUUUAGGUGAAAAAGCCUGUUAUUGAUAUCAACUUCACUCUUUGCUGCUUUUUCCCCCAUUUGUGCUCGUGUUUUUUAUUUUAAAUU